CUGCCACAUCCAGUUUGGCUACCUCUAGUACACCAUUUGUUAGUAAUUCAACCAUCGCCAGUUCUUCAUUGGCGGCUCACAGUUUAACUAAUUCCAAAGUUUCAUCUGCCACAUCAAGCUUGGCUACUUCCGAAGUCUCAUCUGCCACAUCCAGUUUGGCUACUUCCGAUGUCUCAUCUGCCACAUCUAGUUUGGCUACUUCCGAAGUUUCAUCUGCCACAUCCAGUUUGGCUACCUCUAGUACACCAUUUGUUAGUAAUUCAACCAUCGCCAGUUCUUCAUUGGCGGCUCCCAGUUUAACUAAUUCCAAAGUUUCAUCUGCCACAUCAAGCUUGGCUACUUCCGAAGUCUCAUCUGCCACAUCCAGUUUGGUUACCUCUAGUACACCAUUUGUUAGUAAUUCAACCAUCGCCAGUUCUUCAUUGGCGGCUCACAGUUUAACUAUUUCCGAAGUUUCAUCUGCCACAUCCAGUUUGGCUACUUCCGAAGUUUCAUCUGCCACAUCCAUUUUGGCUACCUCUAGUGUGCAACCUGUUAAUAAUUCGACCGUCUCCAGCUCUUCAUUGGCAGCUUUCAGUUUAAGCACAUCUACCGUACCAUCGACUGUGUCUGCGGAUGCUACGUACUUUUCUAAUUCCACUACAUCUGCUGUUUCUACAUCUGGUUUCAAAUUCACUCAAUCUACAAGCGUAUCUGACGGUACAGUUGUUUCAAAAACAGAUAAACAGAUCACAACCCUAACCUCAACAGCUAGUUGCAGCGAUGUUAGUGCCUACUCCAAUUUCACUGAAACAGCAAUUGUAAGCAAGGAGACUACUAUUGAGGCAACCGUUACUAGCUGUUCAGGUGGUUGCACCAAAAGUAGAAACUCAACCACCUUUACCACUGUAACAGACAUAUCUGCUUCUACCACAACUACCUGCCCAGAAAAAGAAGCAACAUCGAUUACUAACGGCGAUAAAUCAACGUCUGCUACUGAUGCUAACACGAGUAGCAUUUCGAUAUCUGCUUCUACUGAAAUAUCUAGAGCCUCCACCACUUAUCAAGGGACUUCAGUGAUUGUACCAGAAUCUGAAAUCGCAAAAGCUUCAUCAACUUUUAAAGUAAGAAAUACCUCAUCAGCUACCGAAUUGACCAAAACUUCACCAACAACUGAAGUUGCAGAAAGCACGUCAACCAAAGCGUCAACUAAAGUUGCAGAACGUACGUCAACCAAAGUGUCAACUAAAGUUGCAGAAAGUACGUCAACCAAAGUGUCAACUAAAGUUGCAGAAAGUACGCCAACCAAAGCGUCAACUAAAGUUGCAGAAAACAUUUCAACGAAUGUGACCAAGACUUCACCAAUUAAGGCUACAGAGGAGACACCAACCACCAAAGCAACAAAGAAAGCAUCAACCACCAAAACCACAAAUACUUCAACUGAGACUCCGAUCGGAAAAGGCGAAACUACUCUCCAAACAAUAGUGGUUUCAAGUAAAAAGCCCACAUCAACAUCUCAACAUUCUUCAUCCACAAAAAAGGUAAUUGCGUCCAGCGGAAAACCGGUCACAUCCACUCAUAAAACAUCCUCAACCAAGAAAACAGUUUCCUCUACUAUCAACACUAUUGCAACUUCAAGGAAAAAUGCGGCCGCCUCAUUGGAUAUUAACAUGAAAGCUUUUGCUAUUGGUGCUAUUGCUUUAUUAGCUUAG